GAGAAAGAGGAAGUGAGAAGGCGGUGCUGAAAGCCCCAUGAAACGCCACACAGUUCAUAGCUUUAUGAGAAGUGGAAGUGGAAGCAACAGCAAAGAUCCCUAAACACAAGUCUGAAAACUGAGAUAAGCGUAUUAUUCUCCAAAACAGAUCUGAACAGAAGUGUUACAGAAUGGCUCAAGGCUGCCUGAGGUGUUUAAAGCUCACCAUGUGUGCUGCAAACUUCCUUUGUUUUAUGUGUGGGGUGGCCGUGCUGAGCUUCGGUGUAUACAUGAUGGUGAACUUCAGAAUGACCGAGCUCACUCCGACCAUGGCGAGCUUCAACUCGGCCAACAUGCUGCUGGUCAGCGGCAUCAUCAUCACGUGCGUUUCCUUCCUGGGCUUCCUGGGCGCUCUGAAGGAGAACCGCUGUCUCCUCCUGACGUUCUUCCUCCUGCUGUUCUUCCUGAUGCUGGUGGAGCUGUCUGCAGCAUGUUUGCUGCUCGUGUAUGAGCGAGAGAUUGCUAAAUUGGUGGAAGAAGAUCUUGUCACUGGUUUGAAAAAGGCAAAAGAAAAGAGUGGAAACUCAACAGAUGUGAUGAGCGAGUGGGAUGUGGUUCAGCAGAAUCUUGACUGCUGUGGAGUGAGUAAUUUCACAGACUGGGGAGAUAAAGUGCCUCCAUCUUGCUGCCCAGACGGAUGUGCAGCCAAGGAUCCAUGUGCAUGCCAGUACAGGCAAAAGGGCUGUUUGGAGACACUGAAGAGCUUAUUUGAGGACAAUUUCCUAACUACUGGGAUUUCUGUCAUCGUCCUCUGCAUUGUCGAGGUCUUGGGAAUGUGUUUUGCCAUGACACUCUUCUGCCACAUCAGCAGAUCAGGACUGGGCUACAAGUUAUAAUUUUCUGUCAAACGAUGCAUCAUUUAUCUAAAUAUUUUAUGGGUUUAUAUUGUUAUACAGCUCUGUCUUUGCAGAAGCCCAAAAAUUGUAUUGACAUUUACUAAAAUGUUUAUUCCAGAUAAAUGGAUAUUUAAUGAAGAUAAUAAUUGAUACUGAUGAUGCUUUUAAAAGGCUUUGUUUGACCAAAAGAACAAAAACAAUUUGGGAAUUGAAACAAAACAAACACUUUCAUUCAGCAGAAAAUUAAAAUGUUUCAGACAUGACAUUUUUGGCCUAUGAUCAAUCAAUCUAUCUUAAAUGCUAUGUAUUUCAGUCGGAGCUGUGUGACGUCAAAGCCAUUUUGUAUAUGACUUGCUUGUUGUGAGGGUAUUCUGCACUUGUAAAAUAUAGCAUACCUACUGUGACUGUCUUCCUCAAACUUUUCAAACUUGACAACUUUUGGAAAUCCUUUAAUAAACCAGUAAAGUUUUGUUCACGAUAUCAAAACUGCAACAUA